CAACGCGCGCCAAAGUUGGCCACUUAUACUACUUUCAACCAGUAGGCAGACGUUAAAACUAGCUGACAACGUAUAUCAAGGUAAAGAAUUAAAUAAACUUUGCCCAUUUACACAUUUGAGUUCAAGGUGCAACCCUCCCUUAACACAGCACAAAACCCUUUACUGAAGGGGUAUUCUUUUACCCCACAAACUCACCAACCAGGUGACGAACAUUACCACUUUUUCUGUUGGAGGGGUUUUAGUAUUUAGGAGUUUCUCUGACUGGGACUACGAUUUUAUUGUCUCCUUUUUAUUCUUUUGAGAGGAGACAUUUCGUCACAUCCUGUCGGCGUAGACCUAUAUUUUCUUGUCUGGACUUUGCACGAGUAAGAAUUUGGUAUCAGUGCCCACCCGGUGUUGCUUCAGUAGCUAGAAUGGCUACUUUACCAGGAACAGUGCCUCGAAUGAUGCGCCCUGCGCCAGGCCAGAACUACCCCCGCACCGGAUUCCCUCUGGAAGGACAAUAUACAGGACCUGAAUAUGUUUAUUGUGGAACAGUAUCAACCCCCCUGGGCCAAGGUCGGGUGAACCAGCUCGGUGGAGUGUUCAUCAACGGGAGGCCGCUGCCAAAUCAUAUCAGACACAAGAUAGUAGAGAUGGCCCACCAUGGCAUCCGACCCUGCGUAAUCUCGCGACAGCUACGAGUUUCCCAUGGUUGUGUCUCCAAAAUCCUCUGUCGGUACCAGGAGACCGGUUCGAUUCGUCCCGGGGCAAUAGGAGGCAGCAAGCCUAGGCAGAUAUCAACUCCAGAUGUGGAGAAGCGGAUUGAGGAGUACAAGCGAGAAAACCCCGGGAUGUUCAGUUGGGAGAUCCGGGACAAGCUGCUGAAGGACGGGGUGUGCGACAGAAGCACUGUUCCUUCAGGUGAGGCUUCUGUGAGCUCCAUCAGCCGAGUUCUGAGGGCCCGAUUCGGCAAGAAAGAUGACGACGACGAUAGUGAUAAGAAGGAUGAAGACGGAGAAAAGAAAACAAAGCAUAGCAUCGAUGGCAUUCUCGGCGAUAAAGGUAAUCGUACAGACGAGGGUUCAGACGUGGAGUCGGAGCCGGACCUUCCCCUGAAGAGGAAGCAGCGUCGCAGCCGCACCACCUUCACAGCCGAGCAGCUUGAGGAGCUGGAGAAGGCCUUUGAGAGGACACACUACCCAGACAUCUACACCAGGGAAGAGCUGGCCCAGAGGACCAAGCUCACUGAGGCCCGCGUGCAGGUGUGGUUCAGCAACAGAAGGGCCAGAUGGCGCAAGCAGGCAGGAGCAAAUCAACUGGCCGCCUUCAACCACCUGUUACCUGGAGGCUUCCCACCCACGGGGAUGCCCAGCCUACCUACCUACCAGCUACCUGAGUCCUCAUACCCCGGCACUACACUGUCACAGGAUGGCAGCAGUACGUUGCAUCGGCCCCAACCCCUGCCUCCGUCCUCCAUGCACCAGGGCGGGCUCUCUGACGGCAGCUCCCCCUACGGCCUCUCGUCCAAUCGCCACAGCUUCUCCAGCUACUCAGACACCUUCAUGAGCCAAUCAGCUGCCAGCAACCACAUGAACCCGGUCAGCAAUGGCCUCUCCCCACAGGUGAUGAGCAUCCUGAGUAACCCCAACGCCGUGCCCUCCCAGUCCCAACAUGACUUCUCCAUCUCCCCCCUCCACGGCAGCCUGGAGUCCUCCAACCCCAUCUCAGCCAGCUGCAGCCAGCGCUCUGACUCCAUCAAGGGGGUGGACAGCCUGACCUCCUCCCAGUCCUACUGUCCCCCCACCUACAGCGCCACCAGCUACAGUGUGGACCCCGUCACCGCCGGAUACCAGUACAGUCAGUAUGGACAGACUGCAGUGGACUACCUGACUAAGAAUGUGAGUCUGUCCACCCAGAGGAGGAUGAAGCUGGGAGACCACUCUGCUGUCCUGGGACUGCUGCAGGUGGAGACGGGACAGGCCUACUGAAACAGCCAGCCUCUGCCUGGCUCCACCCAGUCUAAACUCAACACCCCUUUAACAUAUACAACCCUGCUGCUGCCCCCCCACCCUCCCUGCAGCCUAACCACUGCAGCACUCUCUCCCCCUCCCCACCCUGCAGGCAGUCAGGAUGUCUCUGUGUAUGUCAGAGUGUCUUUUUGCCUCUUGAUUACGAGAGGACUUGUCAUUAGAACUGCCUUUCCAUGGAUAGCCAACAGGCAGCCCGAUCCUAUACCCCAAGACCCCUAAACCAUGGCUCUGCCACUCCUCUGUGUCCUCCUCCCUGAUUGGCUCUGCCCAGGCAACCCAGAGAUGAUGGCCCCAGCCAGCAUGGAGAACGCGCCCCCUGGGUGCACACUGCAGUCCAGUCCAGCACAACACUCAGAGCCACUUUCAAAUGUACUUUGACCUUGUUGUUUAUAAUAGUUCACUAAGCCAAUAUCAUUCAAAUGAUUAUCACUCUUGUUUUUUUUAUAUCAAUAUUGUUAAUAUUAUUAUUGCUGUUACAAUUAUGAUUCAUGUGAUUCUAUUUUUGUUUGUUAUUCCCUUCAUAGUUAUUUUCUCUCUCCGUGUGAAAUACUAGCAGAUGACUGAGGUGAUGUGGUGGGGUUGCAGUGGUGUGUGUUUGUGUGUCGGUCCAGCCGGAGAGAGAAGCUGAUUGUUUUCCAGGCUGCGGCUCCUCCGCCUGGACCCUGAGCUCUAAUGUUCGUGAGCGAUUUGACCUUCCCGCUUUCACAUUCAACUUGACAUUCCUAAAGAACUUGGCCACUCAGUGGGAAGUCUAGCUGGGCGGAUUCUACUGUGAAUUAGCUGCGGUUUGGCGGCCAAUGGCUUCCCCCCUCCCAACAUCCAUCCUUAGCUGUACUCCAUGGGGAGGAGGGCAUUGUUUGUAAAAACAGGAUUGGGGAAAUUAAUGUAUUUUGUUUAGAAAUAUGGACCUUGCCAAGGAGGACUAAACCCCCUACCCAAAAGCUCUAUGUGACUUUAACAAUUGAAGGAGAUUAAACAAAACCAACAUAGUGUCAAAGCUAAUUAUAAAUGGCCCUUCUCAUUACCAGCCAGGUUUGAUAUAUUUUGUUGUUUAAUUAAGACAUAAAAUCACAUGUAGCUGUUUACCAUGUUGGUUUGGACCAAGUGUGCAUUCCUUUGAAACAUUCCUCCAGCAGGGCUGACUGAUGCCAGUCACAUUCCUUCUCUGCCCAUGAUGAGAUUAAGAGAAGGCAAACUGUGCCAUUCACAUGCACUUUGUCAAAUCAAAUAAUCCUUUGAAAUGUGAAAGGGCACAGGUAACCGGCCUGGCUGGCCCCCUCUGGCUCUGGUUGGAUCCACCCCCUUCUAAUCCCCUGGACAUUCAACUCCUGCUUCGACCGACACACUCGCAGAAAUGUACAAAAACAAAACAUUUUUUAAAGAAUAGCUAAUAUUAAACAUUUGUGUAGCACUCAUAGUUGACUUUUGACACAAACUAUGUUGGGCUGAAUUAUAACUUGAACUUUCACACCAAUCUCUCAUUUAUAUCUGUGUAUGAUUUUUGGAGUGAGUUACGUGUGCAUAUUCCACGUCAGGAUUUAACCCUUUGUCGCCUUUAAAUGGAAAUUGUACAGUAGCAGGUUGUGUAUUGUUUGUUUAUAAAGAGUAUGUUUUAUACUAAAACAACAACAAUGUUCAGUGGUAGUUAAGCAGGGGAUCUGCGGAAGUCAAUGUAUUUGAUUGUUUUCUUUACUGGUUUCCUUCUGUUGUUUUUGGUUGUGUUAUAUUGUAUGAAUUUCAUUAAACCAAAAUGCAGUGUUUUGAGCCAAGCUAAGUAGGGAAUUCUGUAUAUUAAAUUAGGAGAAAAUUCCAUUAAACUUCCUAAAUUGAAUAAUUGUAUAAAAGAGGUUGUUAGUUGAGAGAGAGAGAGAGAGAGAGAGAGAGACCAAUAUGUUUGAUAGUGACUAGAGGAAACCUAUUAUUCCACACCUACAAGUGCAGACAGGGGUAUGGGGAAGGUGUAUUCCAGCACUUGAUCUUAUGGACUCAUGAUCCGAGUGCAGACCUUACUGUGGACCAUUACAUAUCUGUCUGACCUCUGACCUCUCUCAGUGUGAAACAUUGUCCAGGGGUUCAGCAGCACAGCUUUGAUGCCAUACAGGAUGGGGACCUCUCCUGUCAGGGAAAGGAGUCAGAAUAGAACAGUGGGCCGAGCAGUGUGUUCUCUGGCUAUGUGUGGGUACAGCCAGGCUCCAGACCACACAUCUCUAUUGGAGAACACCUCACUAAAAGUAAUGAUGACUGAAGCACUGAAACCAGGCUGGUCUGAAAGCUCUGUUUAAUGAUGCCCCAUUAUUGUGUAUAUAAAAAAACAAAUAUUACUUUUUUUGUUUUUGUUUACGCUUCUAGUGUAUCAAAUCCAUUUCUAACACCUGACUCCUGACCUGUUUACUUGCUUUAUGGAAUCUGUGUUCUGCUUUAUCCCCUUUCUGUUCCACAUGUAUAUUACCAUGUUAUAAUUUAUUCUGCUGUAUGAAGUAUUAGAGUAGUGGUAUUUACUACCUUCAGCCUGUUGGUGUGUUUACUGUAACACUGCCGUAACUGUUAUCAAUUAAAGAGCUGAAAAAUA